AUGUCUGGAGCACCACUUACUAUCUUCUGCAUGCUGUGUCUGCUGUCCAUUUGUACAGCCUGCUACAUCUCUAACUGUCCAAUUGGUGGCAAAAGAGCAGUACAGGACAUCCCUGCUCGACAGUGUAUGGCAUGUGGUCCUGGAGAUAAGGGUCGAUGCUUUGGUCCCAAUAUCUGCUGCGGAGAGGAAAUGGGCUGCAUGGUGGGAACUCUGGAGGCCAUGCGCUGCAUGGAGGAAGACUACGUGCCUUCUCCAUGUGAGACUGGAGGAAAACCAUGUGGCUCUGUGGCAGGACGCUGUGCCGCACCAGGAGUCUGCUGUGACUCAGAGAGCUGCACCACUGAUCCCUCAUGUCUGGAAGGAGAAGGUGACACAUCCUCUCACAACCUUCCUGCCAGUGGCAAAGACCUCCUUCUGAAGCUUCUUCAUUGGACAAACUACAGACCUUACCAAUGAGCUGUCCAAGCAGGGAUUACAUCGUUCUCUUUAGGAGCAGCCAAACACCAGCCAAACCGUCACAUGACCUUGUGAAGUUUUUAAAGUUGGAAUCCCGAUUUAAAAUGUGAACAGAUACGAAUAUCGGUCAUGUAUUUUAAUAAUUGUAAUUGAUUUAGUUUUUCUGCAGUAAUAAAAAAAAAUCACGUUAUGUGGUGCUUGAACACUU